CUUUUUAAUUCACUUGAUCAGUACGAUGUGAAGAUUGUGUGUGAAAAUUCCAACUGUGAAUCACAUUAAAAGCAUUUAUAAAUAUGUAAUCUAUAACAAAAAAAAUAAAAAACAUUAGUGAAUUUUAUUGUUCUAUAGCGCGCGAAAGUUAACAAAAAUUGGCGGCAAAGACGGAAAGCUUUAUCUACCGCUGCACAAAAUCUAGUCGCACUGACUCAGAAUUAAGUGAUAAGCCGAUCGUAUUGGUUGAAUGUAUUUUAGCUCCUGUUCAAUUUUGUAAACUCUAAUCUGCUCAAGUAUAUUUGGCUGUGAAAUUGAUUGUCGACAUGGAGUGCGUUUGUUGCCGAUGUGGAGCGCUCCAAGCGAGUGCAACAGCCACUUUGUGUCUACAGGUGUCGGGAACUCAACAGAGUUAUCACUGUCACUGUUUUUGUUGUGCGCAGCCGCCUCGAAUGAAAUGUUUCUACUGCAACAUGUGGCGGGAUCUUGAUGUACUGGAGGCACACGCACCUUGUCUCACCGGAUCGAAGCAUGUAUUUGUGUAUUCAGAACCAUGGCCACCAUUUUCCGAUCACACGCCGCAUAAUCCACUAAGGGGAAUGGUGAUAACAGUCGGCAGAUCACAGGAGGCGGAGCAGGUGCAAGAACAAGUUCAAGAUCAUGACGGCAAUGGGGUUGAUAUCAAUCUGGAGCACGAAUCUGCUGCCGAUCAUGUCGAUGUGCAUGUAGACAGCGAGGAAGUGGAAGAUCUACCUGUGGAGCCUGUAGAUGUGAAACCAAUAAUAGCAACCAAAUCCAAGUGGGUGUCCAUUGGAGACAUACGCAAUUGGACAAGCUGUAUUCGAUGUGGCAUGGUGAAGAUCAAGGGGACGGGUUGGAUUCGUCAUGCACAGCAGUGUGGUCAGGAUCCAAAAUAUAGAAGCCGUAAAUUCUUCAUCUUUCUGCAUACAUUGGGAUGGUGUGGUUGCCUAGUGAUGGAUAUUAAGUGGGAAAAGCACUCUGAUCCCAUCAAUGGAACCUGUAAAGUGUGCCGCGAAAGUCGUGAUAACAAAGUGCCUUUGCCAUAUCAGCCAAAACCGCCAGCUCGCAAGAACGAGGCAAAAUUGCAGAGACAACAUCAAGCCAGACUCAAGACCAAUCGCAAGAAGCGGAGAGAGUCGAUGGCUGUGGAGGCACAAAUCCGGAACGCGAGCAGCAAUAACUUUAUGCAAAUCAUUGGCGCCACUUCCCUUCACCCUUAAAGCAGGGAUAACAUCAUUACAUUCUCUCUUUAAGCCUUCAAUAUUAAAAUUAAUCUUAAAUAUUCUAUGCACAUGAGAUAAAAAUCACAAAAAUGAAUAUAUCUGGAGUUUUUAGACAUAAUAAAAAGAUUCAUAUGUUUA